AUUCUAUGCUUCUGUCAAACUUUUUUUUCUUCUGCAGAUAGAUUUGGUUUGAAAAGGUUGGCAUCAGAAAAAAAAACAAAAGAAAAAAACAGUUCCUCAUUGAACAGGAUUUAUACGAGGCGCGGCGCUCAGUCACAGUCAUAGCAGAUCGAGAAGAAACAGAAGAGCAUCAUUACAUCAUCAGCAUCUUUCAGUAUCAGCAUCAUGAAGACUCUCUGCUUGUCUCUGGGACUGCUGCUGGUCGUUGCCUGCUGCUGCGACGCCAUACCUGAGGCAUUGCAGUACAGCACAUCUCCUGUCAACUGCUGCAACGCGUUCAGCAACACUAGAGUCCCACGAAAUAAGGUGUUUAGCAUAAAAAAGACCCACAACUCCUGCAUGAAGAACGGAUUCAUUGUGGAGACUGUAAAGGGCAAAUUGAUCUGUUUCGAUCAGUCCUUUGGAUGGGCUCAGAACCUCUACAAGGAAAUCCACAACGCUUAAGGCAACCGUCUGCAACAAUAAACAUCCUAAGCUGCAUAAAUGUACAACACGUUAUGGCGAUGUCUGUUGUUCCUACUGGGAAUAAGCUUUCAUUUGUUUUGUGUUUAAAUAAAAAUAUGCUAUUUUUAAAGAG